UUGGGGGGCUGGCGAGCCCAGGCGGGGUCUGCAGCGAGCCCGGCCGCCCCUCGCUCUCGGGCUGGGGGCCGCGCAGACCCCGCCCCGCCGGGCAGGAGGCGGCGCGGAGCCGAGCGGAGCGGGGGGCUCCCACCGGGGACAUUCCCGCCCGGGCUGCGGGGCCGGAGGCGUCCGAGCAGGUCCGGCUGCCGCAGGAGGCCCCGCCACGCGGGGGGCGGACGGAGGGACCGACGGACGGAGGGACUCGGAGCUGCGCUGCGCUGCCCGGGAGCGGACCCGCCCGGCCGGCCAUGGGGCUCGGGCUCUCGCUCUCCCUGCUGGCCCCGGCGCUCUGGGCCCUGCUGCUGCUCUCGGCCUCCGAGGAGACGGUGCCGCGGGUCAGUCUGCACUACGGCUCCUCCGAGAGACCCGUGUGGUGGUUUGAGAAGGACGGAGUCACCAACUACACAACCCUGCUGCUGAGCCCAGACGGGGGAACCUUGUAUGUGGGGGCGCGAGAGUUCCUCUUCGCCCUCAACACCAGCCACUUCCAGCCUGGCCCGCAGCACCAGCUCCUGCCCUGGAGUGCGGACAAGGAGAGGAAGAAGCAGUGUGCGUUCAAGGGCAAGGACCCCCAGAGGGACUGUCACAAUUACAUCAAGAUCCUGCUGCAGCUGAACAGCAGCCACCUGUACGCCUGCGGGACCGGCGCCUUCAGCCCUGUGUGCACCUACCUCAAUGUGCAGAACUUCAGCCAGGCGAGGGAGCUGCUGCUGGAGGACGGGAAAGGCCGCUGCCCCUUUGACCCCGAAUACAAAUCCACUGCCAUCAUGGUCGAUGGUGAGCUCUACGCUGGGACCGUCAGCGACUUCCAGGGCAAGGAGCCGACCAUCUACCGGAGCCAGGAGAGCCGCAUCUCCCUCAAGACCGAGAACUCCCUCAACUGGCUGCAAGACCCAGCCUUCGUGGGCGCAGCCUACCUGCGGGAGAGCCUGCCGCCUGGCAACUCCGAGGGGGAUGACGACAAGGUGUACUUCUUCUUCAGCGAGACCGGCAAGGAGUUCGACUUCUUCGAGAACACCAUCGUGUCGCGGAUCGCCCGCGUGUGCAAGGGGGACCUGGGCGGGGAACGGGUGCUCCAGCGGAGGUGGACCACGUUCCUCAAGGCCCAGCUCUUGUGCUCGCGCCCCGACGACGGGUUCCCCUUCAACGUGCUGCAGGACGUCUUCGUGCUCACGCCGGACGAGCGGCGCUGGAGGGACACUGUCUUCUACGGCGUCUUCACCUCCCAGUGGAACAAAGGGGGCCCGGGCAGCUCGGCAGUAUGUGCCUUCGCCAUGCACGACGUGCAGAAGGCCUUCGGCGGGCUCUACAAGGAGGUGAACCGUGAGACGCAGCAGUGGUACACAGACACCGGCCCUGUGCCAGAGCCCCGGCCCGGAGCGUGCAUCACCAGCCGCACGCGGCACAUGAGGAUCAACUCCUCUCUCCAGAUGCCAGACCGCGUGCUGAAUUUCAUCAAGGACCAUUUUCUGAUGGAUAGUGCCAUCCGGAGCCAGCCGCUCCUGCUGCAGAGCCGCGUGCACUACCAGCAGAUCUGCGUGCAACGCGUGCGGGGCCUGCACCACGCCUACGACGUCCUCUUCCUGGGCACAGACGACGGGCGACUGCACAAGGCCGUGAGCGUGAACCAGAAAGUGCACAUCAUCGAGGAGAUCCGCCUUUUCCACGCCGGCCACCCAGUCCACAAGCUGCUGCUGGACCAGAGCCAGGGCUUGCUUUACGCUACCUCUUACUCAGCAGUGGCCCAGGUGCCCGUCUCCAACUGCAGCCUGUACAGGAGCUGUGGGGAGUGCGUCCUGUCCCGGGACCCCUACUGCGCCUGGAGCGGAGAGGCCUGCCGCAGCGUCGCCCAGUACCACCUGCAGCUGCACCCCCAACCCUGGGCCCAGGAUAUCGAAGACGCCGACACGGAGAAGCUCUGCCAAGCAGGCAACGUGUCCCUGCCCAUCCCCCGCCUUCUCCAACCCCCAGCAGAGGGACCGCAGUGCCAGCAGAUCCGGCUCCUGCCCAACGCGGUCAGGCCCUUGCCGUGCCGGCUUUUGUCCAACUUGGCCUCGCGGCUGUGGGUGCACAAUGGGACCCAGAUCAACUCCUCCUACCUGGUGCUGCCGGACGGAGCUCUCAUCCUGGUGGGCAGCCUGGAGCGCCUGGGCACCUACGAGUGCUGGUCGCUGGAGGAGGGCUUCCAGAAGCUGAUGGCGAGCUACUGCGUGGGGGUGGAGGAGCUGGCCCCGGCGCUGCAUGUGCCGCUGGAUGCAGCGGGCAGGCCCCUGCCCGGCCAGGACGCCAUGGAGACCAUCAGCACCUCCCGGAGCACCUCUGCCGUGGGCAGCGUCUCCUCCCGGCACGACGGCAAGAGCUACUGGCCCGAGUUCCUGAUCAUGUGCGCGCUCUUCGGGGCGGCGCUGCUGCUGCUGGCGCUCUUCGUGCUCUGCCGGCACCGGGACAGCAUGAAGGCCUUCCUCAAGCAGGGCGAGUGCCCCCGCGGGAGCCACAGGAAGGUGGGGCUGCCCGUCGAGAGCCUGCCCCUCAACGGCAGCAGCCUGCCCAGCACGGUGCCUGACCACAAGGGCUACCAGGCCCUGACCGACAACUACAUCAGCACCCCCCCGCACGCGCCCCCGGGCGCCAGCCCGGCCUUCUCCCAGUCGGACAGGAGGCCCCUCAGCAUCCGCGAGAGCUUCGUGGAGGUCUCUCCAGCCUGCCAGAGACCCCGGGUGCGGCUGGGCUCCGAAAUCCGGGACUCCGUGGUGUGACCAGCCUGGGGCCAUGAGCUGAGCCCGUGAGACGCACCAGCCCCGGCUCCGCUGAGCCUUCCCAGAGACCUGUGCCAUCAGGACCGCAGCAUGGCGGGGCUGCGUGGGGCUGCGCUGCCCCCGCCCCACCUCACCCUGCAGCCACUGACCCGGCUGUAACAAUGACCUGCAAACUGCCCAGCGCCAAGCAGGGGAGGGGGGGGCCCAGCACUACGUAGCAUGUUCUCGGGGAGGCAGAGCCCCUCUGUGUAUCUGGGGGGCGCUCACACUCCCCUGCAGCCCUCGCCCCAGCCCUGCCACCCGUGGGACAGCUCGGGCAGCCAGGGGCCGUUGCUUGCUGCAGAAGCAGGGCGUUCCGGGAAGGCCCAGGGGCUCUGGUGCUGGGAGCGGUGCAGUGGGACCUGUGCACCUUAGUGGGGCGGAGCUGGCACGUCUAACACUGACACAUGUGAGCAAGCUGCUGCCUGCAUGUGGAGACCGUUCUGUGGCCAGGCAGGAGAGUUCAUCUGUGUCGUAUCCCCCUCGUUCCACAUCCUGCUGUGCCGUCCUGGCGCCUGCCGAGAGCUGGGUCGGGGCAUGUUCUGUGCGUUUGUGCUUUGGGUUGUUUUUACUAUGUGACAAUGUGAACUGAGCCCCGGUGAGCACAUCUGAGCAGCAGCAGGCGCCGCUGUGGGGGUGCUGUCACCGUACCGGCUCACACCCUUUGUGAACAUUCUUGCACAGAAAUGAGUUGUUGUAUCUGUCUUUUUUUAUAUAAAGUCCACAUGUCUUGGUGA